GCACUGAACACUAUAUUGGUGUCACUGGGGAUGUCAAUGACACCAAUGGGAGCAAACAAUGCCCCAUUUUUGGUGCUGAGAGGAACUGUGCCCCAUCCUUGUGUCACUGGGGAAUCAUGCCCCAUCAUUGGUGUCAUUAGCAGGAAAUGCGCCCCAUCCUUGGUUAUUUGGCCCAGUUGUUGGUGUCAUUGAGCAGAACUGUGCCCCGCAGUUGGUUUCAUUGGGUGGAACUGUGCCCCAUCAUUACAAGGAAUUGUGCCCCAUCAUUGGUGUCAUUGGAAGGAAUUUUGCCCCAUCAUUGGUGUUA